AUGUCGAAACUCGUGCGGUCAAUCAAAAACGUGACGAAUGGCUACAGUUCGUCGCAAGUGAAGGUGCGCAAAAUCACUGCAAACAACGACGAGACCCCGUCUACGGCGGAAAUGCAGGACGUUGCAGAACUAACGUACCAGAACCAUGAGCUGUUUCUUAUUAUGGAUAUGAUCGAUAAACGACUGAACGAUAAGGGGAAAUAUUGGCGCCAUGUUCACAAGUCCUUGAUUCUCUUGGACUACCUAGUGCACUACGGCUCCGACAAUGUUAUCAUUUGGUGCCGUGAAAACCUGUACAUUAUCAAGACUUUGCGUGAGUUUCAGCACACUGAUGAAAAUGGGCGGGACAGUGGUCAUACAAUUCGAUCUCGUGCCAAAGAACUAACAUCUCUUUUGCAAAACACUGAACGGUUGCGCGCGAUUCGCAAUGAGCGCAGAGAACCUCACAGUCGCCGUCGGCGGCGUUACUCUGAUGUUGACAGCGGCAGCAGAUCUCGGCAGAGCACCCCUCGAAAUAGACCAAAUCAAAACGAGGAAAUGGACGAUGAAAUGCGGCGUGCUAUUGAGCUUUCCAAGCAAUCCGCAGCAGAAGAUGACAAGCGCCGGGCCCAGAUGCGUUCAGCAUCCCAGGAAGAUAUUCAACGUGCUAUAGAGAUUUCUCAGGAGAAUGGCCGUGAUCUAUUCAAUGGGAACCUUAUUGAUACGACUCUGGAUCCUUACCCAGUGCAGACUGUCAGUACCGGUUACUUGGCUUACGGUACAACGAGCGAGGCCCCUUAUCAAGACCAAACGCAACUUCAGGCUUACCAUCAAGCUCAGCAGCUUUACCAGCAGCAGCAAGCAGAGCUCCAGAGGCAGUGGAAUGAGCAGCAGACCCACAUCGCGGCCCUUGAACAGCAACUGCAGGCUACCCAGACUGGUUUGCAGCAGUUUGAGCAGCCCCAGUACCAGUCCCAGCAGCCUCAAUACCAGCAGCCCCAGUACCAGCAGCCCUUGGAACCUGUCAAGACUGGGUCCAACAAUCCGUUUGCCUCUUUCAACAUGAACCAAGCUUCAGCUCCUUCACAACCUGUCCAACAGCAGCAGCCAUUGGAACAGCAGUCCACCGGCCGUUCAAUGAGAAGGCAGAGCGCUAUGAUUGCCCAGCAUGCAGAGAAACUGGAGGGUGUUUUAACAGGCCGCGAAACAGCAGCCGACUCCUUUGGCAAUACUGGUUCCCAGCGUAUUCCUGCUCAGCACACUGCCUCUAAAUUUAUCAAUUCAGCAGGUCAUGGUGUCAAUCAAAUGACCUCCAACAACCCCUUUGUUCCUCAGCAGUAUACUGGCAUCGCAACCACUCAAAUGCAACCGGCCUAUACGGGCUAUGGAUUUGGAAAUGCUGAAGCCUCACGUUCAAGUAGCAACUUGAUUGAUUUGUAG